AUGUCUCCGAAAAUUCAAUUCACUGUCAAUGGAAAAAAAUGUACCGUGGACGAGAAUCUCCGGCGAGAGACGACCUUAAAUGCAUACCUGCGGUAUGUUUUGGCACUGCCAGGCACGAAGGCGAUGUGCCACGAGGGCGGCUGCGGCUCCUGCAUCGUCAUGGUGCGCGCCAGGAGGUACCCCAGCGGCAUCGUCGAGACCUUCUCGGUUAACUCCUGUUUGGUUCUGGUGUUUUCCUGCAACGGCUGGGAGAUCACAACUGUCGAAGGUAUUGGUAAUGCCUUGAACGGGUACAGCGAGGUCCAGAGGCGGUUGGUGGAGUUCAAUGGCACCCAAUGCGGAUACUGUACUCCAGGAUGGGUGAUGCAGAUGUCCAGUCUCCUUGACAAAAAUCUGACCAUGGAUGAACUAGAAAAGUCCUUCGGCAGCAAUACCUGCAGAUGUACCGGGUUCAGACCAAUCAUGGACACCAUGGUCUCAUUCGGUGUAGACGCUUCUCCAGAACUAUGUCAGAAAGUGAGGGACAUUGAAGAGGCGAAUCCAUGCUCUAAAAACCCUAGGACCUGCCAGAGGAAAUGUUCAGAGACCAGUGACUGCAGUGACUGGAGUAUUGUGACUGAAGAGAAGAACGUGACAAGAGAUACCAUCUCUUUGAACUUUGGAAAAUCGAAGUUCUUUAAAGUGUACCAACAGGAUGACAUUUUUGAUGUCCUCAACAAAUAUGGUGUGGAUUCGUAUAUGCUCGCCGACGGGAAUACUGGAAAAGGUAUUGUUGAAACGUUUGAGUAUCCAAGAAUUAUAAUUGACAUUAGCGACGUGGCUUCUCUGAAGAAAUAUGACUACGGUCAAAAUCUGAUUCUUGGAGCCAACGUUUCUAUUGAAGAUUGUAUUAAGAUAUUCAAGGAAGCUUCAAGUAAGAAAAGUGAGUUCGCGUAUCUCUCAGAGGUCGUGAAACAUCUGGAAUUGGUUGCUCAUAUACCAGUGAGAAAGAUUGGCUCCAUUGCUGGUAACUUGAUGUACAGGCGCGCAGUCCCGACGUAUCAAUCUGAUCUAUUCGUCAUCUUCUCUUGCCUCGACGCCAGGAUUACUGUUCGAAAUUGUCGCGGAAAAACAAAGACGUUAA